AUGAUGUUUUCUCCUUCCAACCUCACAUCCUCCCGGUCGGCACGCAUUUUUGCCCUGGCCAUUCCACUUGUUAUUUUCUAUUCUUUCUUCGUGUGGAACCCAUUACGUUUAAUUGUGCCUAGUCCCGGUGGGCACCCUGCGCCGACCAAAAUUGAAGAAGAGAUCCCAGGCCCAAGCUCACAACCCUCUGCAAAGCCGCACCAUGCCCCCAUAGUGGGCCCCAACACCUCAAUCUACAACAUCCCUGAUAAAGUUUGGCAUUCAGCCAAGACUGUAGAUGUGUCUGAUAAGCAGCUGGGAUGGAUUAACAGUUGGACACAUACGAAUCCUUCAUUCCGUGCAGAAUUGUUGACGGAUCGCUCUGGAGAGCAAUUUGUCCACGCGCAUUUCCAACACAGACCAGACAUCAUUGCAGUCUAUGAUGAUUUACCCAUCCCAAUCUUGCGUGCUGAUCUUCUUCGCUAUCUAAUUGUCCUUGCCGAGGGCGGGUAUUGGAGUGAUCUGGAUGUCACCGCCGACAGACCAUCCAUCGACUGGGUUCCGUCUGAAUAUAAAAAGGAGGGUCUCAAUAUCGACAUGAUAGUGGGUUUGGAAUUUGACUUUUCAUACCGUGGACCUGGAACCGAAGUUGCGUCCCAGUUUUGUAACUGGGUCUUUGCUGCCCAGCCGUCCUCGCGGAACUUAGGGGUCAUUGUCGAUAAGGUUGUCAACACACUGAAGGAAAUCGCCGCGAAAAACGGCGUUCCCGUCUCACGAAUUACCCUUGAGAUGCUUUCGGAUGUUGUCAACGUCACUGGUCCAAAGAUAAUGACCAUUGCAAUCUUGGAGAGUCUUGGCCAGCUUUUGGGACGAACAGUCGACGACCGCGACUUUUCGGGCAUCAAGCAUCCAAAGCUUGUGGGAGAUGUUUUAAUUAUGCCUGGUGUCUCGUUUGCUGCUGCACAGAAUGGCUUUCCAACCGACCAAGGCAACGCUCUGGUUACACAUCAUUAUGAAGGCUCUUGGAAGCAAGCAGACGCUGAGGCAAAGGAGAGAAAGAAACAAGCAGAGCAGAUGUCUCAAAGUACAUCCUAA